GGAUCCCCGCGAAGCGGAGCCGCUUCCAUUGCGUAAGGCAAGCGAUUGGUGAUGAAUUAUCUCAUGUUGAUCGCCUUUGACGAGAGUAGUCGCGCGAGCGCAUUCGCGACCUUCCGACCACCUGUGGCAUCCCACGUGUGUGGUCAGAAAAAUUUCUAACAAUAUUCCCGAUGAUGGAGCAUACAGUUUUGGUGAUUGGCAGCGGUGGCAGGGAGCAUGCCAUUUGUUGGAAAUUGUCUCAGUCACCAUAUGUAAGAGAAAUCUUAGUUGCCCCUGGGAAUGCUGGUAUAAAACAAGUGGAUAAAGUACAAUUAAUUGACUUAAAUAUUAAAGAUACUAAGGAAAUUGCCAAGUGGAGUAAAGAUAACAAUGUUUAUCUUGUUGUGGUUGGACCAGAGGAUCCUUUGGCUCAGGGAUUAGCAGAUGACUUAAAAAAUGUAGGAGUGAGAUGUUUUGGACCGCAGAAGCAAGCAGCCCAGAUUGAAGCUAAUAAAAACUGGGCCAAGCAAUUUAUGGAUAGAAAUAAUAUUCCUACAGCUAAAUGGCAAAGCUUUUCAUCUGCAACAGAUGCAAAGAAUUUUGUUAAGACUGCAUCUUUUAAGGCACUUGUAGUGAAAGCCUCGGGUUUAGCAGCUGGUAAAGGUGUUGUAGUGGCAAAAGAUCAGCAGGAAGCUUGUCAUGCAAUAGAUGAAAUCUUAAACGAUAAGAAAUUUGGAAUUGCUGGUGAAACUGUUGUUGUCGAAGAACUCUUGGAAGGUGAAGAAGUAUCUGUACUUGCUUUUACAGAUGGUAAAACUGUUGUACCUAUGAUGCCUGCACAAGAUCAUAAAAGAAUCUUCAAUAAAGAUGUUGGCCCAAACACAGGUGGAAUGGGUGCAUAUUGCCCGUGUCCACUGCUAAGUGAAACAGAAUAUGAACAGGUGAAAAUAAAUAUUCUCCAGAGAGCUGUGAAUGGACUUAGAAAAGAAAAUAUUCCAUUUGUCGGUGUAUUGUAUGCUGGUUUAAUGCUGACUGAAGAUGGUCCAAAAGUCUUAGAGUUUAAUUGCAGAUUUGGAGAUCCUGAAACAGAAGUUCUGUUACCACUGUUGACAUCAGAUCUGUUUACAAUUAUGGAGGCUUGCUGCGAAGAAACUUUAAAUGCGUCUCUUGUUUCCUGGCGAGAGAAUGUAUCUGCUGUAGGUGUGAUUUUAGCAUCUCGCGGCUAUCCAGCGUCCUCGUCCAAGGGUCAAAUUAUAACAGGCAUUGACGAAGUAAUACGUAAAGAAAACUGCUUUGUUUUUCAUUGCGGCACAGCCGUUUCAUCGGAAGAUGAAUUAGUAACUAAUGGUGGAAGAGUCCUCAUCACUGUCAAUGUAGCGCCUACAUUAGCAAUGGCAACAGCUAGGGCCACCCAAGCUGCUCACCACAUAAUGUUUGAUGGAAAGCAAUUUAGAACGGAUAUUGCGCAUAAAGGAAUUGCUAGAUCUAUUUUGCGGAAGGGAAAUUUAACAUACAAAAUUAGCGGUGUGAAUAUUGACGCCGGUGAUCAUCUCGUAUCUGUCAUCAAACCAGCUACUUGCUCUACGAAACGCGUUGGUGUCCUCGGCACUAUAGGAGGAUUUGGAGGUCUCUUUGAUGUAAAAGCCGCGGGUUACAACGACCCUAUUCUAGUUUCCGGCACCGAUGGUGUCGGUACUAAAUUAAAGAUAGCGAUCGAAUGCGAUAAACACGACACAGUAGGCAUAGACUUGGUUGCCAUGUGCGUGAACGAUGUCCUUGCGCACAAUGCGGAACCAUUGUUUUUCCUGGAUUACUUUGCUUGCAGUAAACUCGACGUUGAAGUGGCCGCGAAGGUCGUAAACGGAAUAGCCGAAGGUUGCAGGCAAGCGGGAUGUUCCUUGAUUGGUGGAGAAACAGCUGAAAUGCCCGACAUGUAUCGCGAGGGAGAAUACGAUUUGGCUGGCUUUGCAGUGGGCGCGGUUGAAAAAGGCAACUUGCUGCCGCGAAUAGACGAUAUUGAGGAAGGUGAUGUGGUGAUCGGUCUUCCAUCCAAUGGUGUGCACAGUAACGGUUUCAGCUUGGUGCGAAAAGUCUUGAAACUCGCCGAUAAAAGUUAUUCCGAUGUCGCACCUUUUUCAAGAAAUAAUCGAACUAUCGGCGAAGAGCUGUUGCAGCCAACAAAGAUUUACGUAAAAAGUGUCGUUCCCGCUUUACGAACAAAUCUAGUGAAAGGAUUCGCGCACAUCACUGGCGGCGGUCUUAUAGAAAACAUACCAAGAAUUUUACCAAGUCAUUUGGGUGUAACUUUAGAUGCAACCAAAUGGAAUAUUUUACCAAUUUUUGGUUGGUUAGCGGCGAUUGGUGGAAUUAAUAAACACGAAAUGUUAAGAACAUUUAAUUGUGGAAUUGGCGCAGUUUUGAUAUGUUCUGAAAAAGACAAGACUAAAAUUUUAAAUAAAUUAAAGGACGAAACUCCUGUAAUUAUUGGAAGCGUGAAUACAUAUUGUAAUAGCCAGGCUAAAAUACACGUGGAAAACUUUGAAAAAGUCUUCGAGGUAGAAAUGAAACAAUAUGUUCCUAAUUUGAUUGAAACAUUAAGCAAACCUCUUAAGAGAGUAGCUGUUCUAAUAUCUGGGAGUGGAACAAAUCUUCAAUCAUUAAUUAGUGCCACUCAGGACUCGUCUCAGAACAUUGGAGCAGAAAUUGUUUUAGUGAUUUCCAAUAAGCCUGGAGUUGAAGGAUUAAAACGUGCUGAAAAAGCCGGCAUUAAAACAGUGGUAAUUAAACAUAGUGAUUAUCCAAAUCGCGAGUCUUUUGAUGCGGCCAUGAAUGUGGAACUUAACGCUGCUGGAGUAGAAAUAGUAUGUCUGGCUGGUUUUAUGCGAAUUCUCUCUGAGCACUUUGUGAAACAUUGGAGAGGAGCUAUGUUAAAUAUUCAUCCUAGUCUUCUGCCAGCUUUCAAAGGAGCAAACGCGCACAAGGACGUUUUAGCGGCGCGUGUACGCGUGUCGGGUUGUACUGUACAUUUUGUUGAGGUUGAUAUUGAUUCGGGGGCAAUUGUCGAACAAGAAGCAGUACCUGUAUUUCCGGAUGAUACUGAAAAAAUUCUGCAAGAACGCGUAAAGGCGGCGGAGCAUCGAAUUUAUCCUUGUGCUUUAAAGUAUUUGGCAACUGGUCGUAUAAAAUUAAAAGAAGAUGGCACUCUCUGUUGGAAUUAA